AUGGGGAGCCCUGGGUUGAGCAACCGCAAUUGCCGGCAGCACCACUGCUUAGGAAUUACAGAACCCAUCUCAUUCAUUGGACCCACCCAAUAUGAUAUCGCCAAGUCCCGUGAACUCGACAAGUACUUGCAAGACGCCGCCUUGUAUGAAAAUCAGGAGGAAGCAAUUUGCAGGGAACAAGUGCUAGGCAGGCUAGACCAGAUUGUGAAGAUUUGGGUCAAAACCAUUACGCGUGCAAAGGGAUUUAACGAACAACUGGUGCAAGAAGCAAAUGCCAAGAUUUUUACUUUUGGCUCCUAUCGUCUGGGGGUGCAUGGCCCUGGAGCAGAUAUUGAUGUUCUUUGUGUGGGACCUAGACAUGCAACCAGAAAAGAAGAUUUUUUUGGUGAGCUACAUAAAAUGCUAUCUAAGAUGCCAGAAGUGACAGAGUUGCAUCCAGUGCCUGGUGCUUAUGUUCCAGUGAUGGGUUUCAAGUUCAACGGCGUCUCUAUGGAUCUCCUUUAUGCAAAUUUAUAUUUGUGGGUUAUUCCUGAAGACUUGGAUUUAUCACAGGAAUCGAUAUUGCAAUAUGCAGACGAACAAUCUGUUCGCAGUCUUAAUGGUUGUAGAGUGACUGAUCAAAUCUUGAACUUGGUUCCAAAUGUUCAGAACUUUCGUACGACAUUGAGAUGCAUGAAGUUAUGGGCUAAGCGUCGUGGCAUUUAUUCUAAUGUUGCAGGUUUUCUCGGUGGUAUAAACUGGGCAUUGCUUGUUGCUCGAAUAUGCCAGCUAUAUCCAAAUGCGCUGCCUAAUAUGUUGGUGUCUCGAUUCUUUAGGGUAUAUACACAAUGGCGUUGGCCAAACCCAGUAAUGCUUUGUGAAAUUAGAGAAGGAUCUCUUGGACUUAAAGUUUGGGAUCCUAGAAUACAUCGGAAGGAUAAGAACCAUCUAAUGCCAAUAAUUACUCCCGCUUAUCCUUGCAUGAAUUCUAGCUAUAAUGUGUCGUCAAGUACAUUGCGUAUCAUGACGGAGGAAUUUCAAUGGGGACGUGAGAUUUGUGAGGAUAUGGAUGCUAAGAAAAAGGCUGAUUGGGAUACUCUUUUUGAGUGCUAUCCAUUUUUUGAAGCUUAUAAGAAUUAUUUGCAAAUAGACAUUUCAGCGGAGAAUCCUGAUGAUCUUAGAAACUGGAAAGGCUGGGUCAGGUCUCGCUUGCGCAAGUUGACAUUGAAGAUUGAGAGGGGCACCAAUGGCAUGCUUCAGUGUCAUCCACAUCCUGAGGAAUUUUCAGACAAAUCUAGACCUCUGCACUGUUCUUACUUCGUGGGUCUGCAACAUAAGCAAGGAGUUCCUCCCAAAGAAGGCGAACUAUUUGAUAUAAGACAAACUGUUGAAAAAUUUAAGCGUUCUGUCAAUAACUACAGUCAAUGGAAACAUGGAAUGGAUAUAUUUGUCACCCAUGUGAAACGCCGCAAUAUACCUGUCUUUGUAUUUCCCGGUGGUGUUCGGCCUAACUGCCCAUCCAAGGUAACCAGGGUGAGCAAGCGAAGUUCAGGGCUUAGGAUUUCCGGCCAUGGUCAAGCAGAGUUAGGAGAUAACAAUGAUAGGAAGAGAAAGCAAGCAGAAGAUAGUGUGGAUGUGUUGAGAAAUUCCAAGUCCUUUUCAGGGGAGUACCCUUCUGGGAACAGAGACACUGACGCAGAAAAUCUCGGUAUCGAAGAUAUUACGUGUGGUUCAUAUGAUGCACAUCAAGUCUUUUCAGAAGAACCUGAUGAGCUUGAAAAUGAUCUUGAGUACAGAAAUGAAGACAAAGAUUUUAGCGGGAACAUGAAAAACAUCAAUUUGAACUCUCAAUACUCAGAGUCUAAAGUGGCAGCAGACCCAAUUUUUUCUCAAAAGGAAAAUAGAAGUUCAACUCAUAUGUACUCCAAUGAGAGCUUGGAGGAGCUUGAGCCUGCUGAGCUAACGCCGCCAUUGUCAAUUGUGAAUUAUGCACCGGUGCCACAGCGGAAGUCAAUAAUUAGGUUCACCACAUUGGGCAAAUCUGCUGACAAAGGCUCCCAAGACUUUUGCAAGCUUUAG